GCGAGACAUCGCUUACUAGUCGCGAAUGUUGUAGAUCUUCAUCUCUGCUUGUGCCGUUGUUGUUCUCUGUGCGCUUGUGCUGCGCAUCCGUUGCCUUGCCUGUCCUCCCUCCUCGCGCAGCGUUCGUGAGCGUCCUCGACACGCUCGCCGGCUGCCUUUCAUUACUUGUUCUCUCGCCUCCCAUCUCUCGUCUCUCGCCUUCUGUUCUCUUCCUCAAUUUUCCGAUCUCUUGUACCAUCGAUCGAUCUGAUCAGGAGGAAGCAGGCACGACGAGACUCUUUCGCUGCACUUCGAAGGAGGAGCGAAGGAAGGAAGGAAGGAAGGAAGGAGUCGAGGAGGAGAUUGAGCAUCUGCUGUUAGGCUGUGCUGUGACUGCGUGAAAGUUUAGAGAAGCCUAGCAGUUUAAGGAGAAGGAAGAGAUGAGAGAAAUCAUCAGCAUACACAUUGGACAGGCGGGUAUCCAAGUCGGAAACGCUUGUUGGGAGCUCUACUGCCUCGAGCAUGGCAUUCAGCCCGAUGGACGCAUGCCAUCGGAUACCACAACUACCGUCGGAGACGACGCCUUCAACACUUUCUUCAGUGAAACUGGAGCCGGGAAACACGUUCCCCGAGCUGUUUUUGUGGAUCUAGAGCCUACUGUCAUUGAUGAAGUCCGGACUGGUACAUACCGACAACUAUUUCACCCAGAGCAGCUGAUUUCCGGAAAGGAGGAUGCGGCCAACAACUUCGCUCGCGGCCAUUACACUGUGGGCAAGGAGAUUGUAGAUUUGUGUCUAGAUCGUGUGAGGAAGCUGGCCGACAACUGUACCGGUUUGCAAGGUUUCUUGGUGUUCAACGCUGUCGGAGGUGGAACAGGUUCAGGCCUGGGUUCUCUUCUUCUAGAGCGCCUGUCCGUGGACUAUGGAAAGAAGUCCAAACUUGGAUUCACAAUCUAUCCAUCCCCUCAGGUUUCAACCGCUGUGGUAGAGCCUUACAACAGUGUGCUGUCAACGCAUUCGCUCUUGGAGCAUACCGACGUGGCAGUUUUGUUGGAUAACGAAGCCAUUUACGACAUCUGCAGACGUUCUCUAGACAUUGAACGACCAACAUACACCAAUCUUAAUCGCCUUAUCUCUCAAAUUAUCUCCUCGUUGACCACCUCUCUUCGUUUUGAUGGAGCCCUCAAUGUGGAUAUUACCGAAUUUCAGACAAAUCUUGUCCCGUAUCCUCGUAUCCACUUUAUGCUUUCUUCGUAUGCUCCAGUUAUCUCGGCAGAAAAAGCUUACCAUGAGCAACUUUCGGUUCCUGAGAUCACCAAUGCUGUUUUUGAACCAUCAAGCAUGAUGGCCAAAUGCGACCCUCGUCACGGAAAGUACAUGGCCUGCUGUUUGAUGUACCGAGGAGACGUGGUUCCCAAGGAUGUCAACGCCGCCGUCGCCACCAUCAAGACCAAGCGAACUGUACAAUUCGUUGACUGGUGUCCUACUGGGUUCAAGUGUGGAAUCAACUAUCAGCCACCAACAGUCGUGCCUGGUGGUGAUUUGGCCAAGGUGCAGCGUGCUGUGUGUAUGAUCAGCAACAACACAGCAGUUGCGGAGGUGUUUUCAAGGAUCGAUCACAAGUUCGAUCUUAUGUACGCCAAGAGGGCUUUCGUACAUUGGUAUGUUGGUGAAGGUAUGGAGGAAGGAGAAUUCUCAGAAGCUCGUGAAGAUCUUGCUGCCUUGGAGAAGGAUUAUGAAGAAGUUGGUGCAGAGUCGGCUGAUAACGAUGGUGAUGGUGAGGACGAGUACUCUUAAGUGUCUCCUUGAGGAGUCGUAGGCUCUGGCUCUGGCACUACUUCUUGUACUCCAGCUUCAUGUUUCUUUAGUGUCGCUUCUUGUGGCUAGUGCUCUUUAGCAAGUCACCAGCUAGUGACUGCUGCUGCCACCAGAUCACGGAAUUGUUGAGGCAUUUUCCUGAGAUAUCACUGACUAGAGAGGAAGAUGCGUUUGGGGUUGCGAAGAUUAUUUUUGAGAGAUAACGACUAGGUGAUUUGUGGCUUAGUGUUGACAUCCAUUGCCUGCCCCUCACCACUGCACUGCAAGCCGAAGGUGUUCCUCAUUUAACUCGACACAAUUUUCAACUGCAUUGGUUCAUCUUAAGUUUCACUGUGUUGUGCCUGUGAGUUUGUAUGUGCCUACGACCCUGGAGCUCAACGAGCAAGUUCUGCUUAGGAAUGGGUCCCAGUUGCAAUGGAUUGAGGUAGAGAUGUGGUAGGGGUUUGCUGUACAUAUAAUCACUGUUGAUGACCUUGCAGUAAACACAGAUUAUCUUAUCUGAGAGAAGCUUAAGGGGUAGAUGAACCUUGGGUGGAUAGGAUAUAGUGACAGUGUGCUGUAUGAAAGUUGUUAUUGUUGUCACUUGGUUCUUGUGGCAAGAACCUCAAGAUUUCCCAGUAUUGGUCUAAGCAUGCAUUUCCAGAUACCUCUGUCCGAUUUUUGCUUGCUACUUUGAAGCAUGUUUUCCAAGAAGCGAUAAGCUUCAAGGAUCGAUGGACACACGAUAAUAUCGUGCCCCUGAGAACCCUGGAUCUGUGCGCGAGUUGGGAUUAUAUCUACUACCAGGAAAUUUCACUGAUCUUGCUGGGUCUAUAUGAACAGUGAUAGGCUUGCUGUGUUCCCAAAGUGAGCCAAACAAGAGUGUUUUCAACCAGUAAUUUUUUUUGAUCUAGUGGAGCAUAGUUUUCCCUCGAAAAUUGCCCAUCAGUCAGAUGAGCUCGAAACUAAGAUGGAGUUUUGAGUGCUAUUUACUUACAAAAUGCGUACAUAAAUCAUUGAAUGUCUGGGAC